CUUCCUGUUGGGGCAAGCGCUGGCCCUUGAGAAAGACUGUCUGGGGCUGGCGGCUCAGAGGGAGCAGCUGGUCUAAGCGGGCAGCGGGGCCUGGGGGAGGGCAGGGCCGAGGCCCAGGAGCCUCCCCCCUCUCCCCACCUUGCAGAUGGGGCCCCCACCUUGGCUGCUCAGGUCGUCUUGCUUGUGAUCGGAGAGAUGGUGGUUAGGUAUCAGGGCGAACUUCCUAUCUCCGGGGUUGGAGCCCCGGGCGCAGGGCAGUGAGGGAGGGGAGCCGCCUCCCGCCGGCCGCUGCGUGGGGCUGUUUACAACAGCCGCGUGUGGGAUUCCCAGAAAGAGACUCCAAACCGGACAUCCUGCGGCUGCAAAAUACCCAGAUGGGACCCAGGUGAGCCCGGGUGCCCACUGCCCCAGGUCCCCUGGCACAGGCCUCCCCAGGCCCCGUGCAGACACGCCAGGCCCUCAGCCCCAGCCCAUGGACCUGCGGGUGGGCCAGCGGCCCCCGGUGGAGCCCCCGCCCGAGCCCGCGUUGUUGGCCCUGCAGCAUCCCCAGCGCCUGCACCACCACCUGUUCUUCGCAGGCCUGCAGCAGCGCUCAGCGGAGCCCAUGAGGCUCCCCAUGGACACGCCGGGGCCCCAGCUGCAGGUGGGGCGGCAGGACCAAGAGCUGCGGCAGCUUCUCAAUAAAGACAAGAGCAAGCGAAGUGCCGUAGCCAGCAGCGUGGUCAAGCAGAAGCUGGCAGAGGUGAUUCUUAAGAAACAGCAGGCAGCCCUAGAGAGAACAGUCCAUCCCAGUAGCCCCAGCAUUCCCUACAGAACUCUCGAGCCCUUGGAGACGGAAGGAGCUGCUCGCUCUAUGCUCAGCAGCUUUCUGCCUCCUGUGCCCAGCCUCCCCAAUGACCCCCCGGAGCACUUCCCUCUCCGAAAGACAGUCUCUGAGCCCAACCUGAAGCUGCGCUACAAGCCCAAGAAGUCCCUGGAACGGAGGAAGAAUCCGCUGCUCAGAAAGGAGAGCGCCCCGCCCAGUCUCCGGCGGCGGCCCGCAGAGACCCUGGGUGACUCCUCCCCGAGCAGCAGCAGCACGCCAGCGUCAGGCUGCAGUUCCCCUAAUGACAGCGAGCAUGGCCCCAACCCCGUCCUGGGCUCCGAGGCGCUCUUGGGCCAGCGGCUGCGGCUGCAGGAGACCUCUCUGGCCCCGUUCGCCUUGCCGACAGUGUCCUUGCUGCCCGCAAUCACGCUGGGGCUGCCCGCCCCUGCCAGGGCUGAUGCUGACCGCAGGACCCAUCCGACUCUGGGCCCUCGGGGGCCGGUCCUGGGGGGCCCCCAUGCUCCCCUCUUCCUGCCCCAUGGCUUGGAGCCCGAGGCUGGGGGCGCCUUGCCCUCUCGACUGCAGCCCAUUCUCCUCUUGGAUCCCUCCGUUUCUCACACCCCUCUGCUGACGGUGCCCGGGCUUGGGCCCCUGCCCUUCCACUUUGCCCAGUCCCUACUGACCACCGAGCGGCUCUCUGGGUCGGGCCUCCACCGGCCACUAAGCCGGACCCGCUCAGAGCCCCUGCCCCCAAGCGCCACCGCCCCCCCACCGCUGGGCCCCCUGCAGCCCCGCCUGGACCGGCUCAAACCGCACAUCCAGCUGAUCAAGAGGCCAGCCAAGCCAAGUGAGAAGCCCCGACUGCGGCAGAUACCCUCCGCUGAGGACCUGGAGACAGAUGGUGGGGGAGUGGUGUCAGUGGGGGAUGACGGCCUGGAACACAGGGAGUCAAGCCAUGGGCAGCACGACACCAGAGGCCCGGCUGCUCUCCAGCAGCACCAGCAGGUGUUCCUGUGGGAGCAGCAGCGACUGGCUGGACGGCUCCCCCGGGGGGGAACUGGGGACUCUGUGCUGCUUCCCCUGGCCCAGGGCAGUCACCGGCCCUUGUCCAGGGCUCAGUCGUCCCCGGCUGCGCCUGCCUCCCUGCCGACUCCAGAGCCCGCCAGUCAGGCCCGUGUCCUGCCCAGCUCAGAAACACCUGCCAGGACCCUGCCGUUCACCACAGGGUUGGUCUACGACUCGGUGAUGCUGAAGCACCAGUGUUCCUGCGGGGACAACAGCAGGCACCCGGAGCACGCGGGCCGCAUCCAGAGCAUCUGGUCCCGGCUGCAGGAGCGGGGCCUCCGGAGCCAGUGCGAGUGUCUCCGGGGCCGGAAGGCCUCCCUGGAGGAGCUGCAGUCGGUGCACUCGGAGCGGCACGUGCUCCUCUACGGCACCAACCCGCUCAGUCGCCUCAAACUGGACAACGGGAAGCUGGCAGGGCUCCUGGCACAGCGGAUGUUUGUGAUGCUGCCGUGUGGUGGGGUAGGGGUGGAUACCGAUACCAUUUGGAAUGAGCUGCACUCCUCCAACGCAGCCCGCUGGGCCGCCGGCAGCGUCACCGACCUCGCCUUCAAAGUAGCUUCCCGUGAGCUAAAGAAUGGUUUUGCUGUGGUUCGGCCCCCAGGACACCAUGCAGACCAUUCCACGGCCAUGGGCUUCUGCUUCUUCAACUCCGUGGCCAUCGCCUGCCGGCAGCUUCAACAACAGGGCAAGGCCAGCAAGAUCCUUAUCAUGGACUGGGACGUUCACCACGGCAACGGCACCCAGCAGACCUUCUACCAAGACCCCAGUGUGCUCUACAUCUCCCUGCAUCGCCAUGAUGAUGGCAACUUCUUCCCCGGCAGCGGGGCCGUGGAUGAGGUGGGAGCGGGUAGUGGUGAGGGCUUCAAUGUCAACGUGGCCUGGGCAGGAGGUCUGGACCCCCCGAUGGGGGAUCCUGAGUACCUGGCCGCCUUCAGGAUGGUCGUGAUGCCCAUCGCCCGAGAGUUCUCUCCGGACCUGGUCCUGGUGUCAGCUGGGUUCGAUGCUGCCGAGGGUCACCCAGCCCCACUGGGUGGCUACCAUGUUUCCGCUAAGUGUUUUGGGUACAUGACGCAGCAGCUGAUGAGCUUGGCGGGCGGUGCGGUGGUGCUGGCCUUGGAAGGUGGCCACGACCUCACAGCCAUCUGUGACGCUUCUGAGGCCUGUGUGGCUGCUCUUCUGGGCAACAAGGUGGAUCCCCUCUCAGAAGAGGGCUGGAAACAGAAACCCAACCUCAACGCCAUCCGCUCUUUGGAAGCCGUGAUCCGGGUGCACAGUAAAUACUGGGGCUGCAUGCAGCGCCUGGCUUCCUGUCCAGACUCCUGGGUGCCCAGGGUGCCAGGGGCCGACACAGAAGAAGUGGAGGCAGUGACCGCACUGGCAUCCCUGUCCGUGGGCAUCCUGGCUGAAGAGCGGCCCCCGGAACAGCUGGUGGAGGAGGAAGAGCCUAUGAAUCUCUAAGGCUUCACAACGGAUUUGCCUGCCCACCCCUGCCCUUCGGACCUGGUUCUCCUCUAGCCUCUGGCAACAGUACCCAGUCCCCGGGUCUACAGAGGGCCUUCGGGCAGGUAGUUGGGGCCAGAGCACAGCCCCUUGCCAGUCACCCCAAGGAGCCUGAGCAGGGCCCUGCAUCUAGGAUAGGGACCAAAGAGGACCCGGGGAGGAGGCCAGCUGGGCAGCCAGCCCCACCUCAGUAGGGCUCUCUCAAGAACAGAGUCGACCCCUUUGGGGUCCAGGCCCCUGGCUGGGCCCCAUCCCUCAGGACUGCACAGAGGAGGACUAGCUCGGUCGGGCCCACCGAUAACCACUAUUCUUCAUGGCUCCGUAGACCCUGGGCUUUGCACACGGCCCCAGGCUCCACGCAGAAAUGUGAACUUGGCCUCAGCCAGGGUGGCCCUCCCUAGGCUCUGAGGGCUGAGCUGGAGUAUGGGGGCGGGGGGAGGGAGGGGGAAGUCAGGGAGUCCCUUACCCCUGAGUGCAGGGGCAUCCCUCUUGCCUGCUUCCUCAGAUGACUCUGGAAGCUUCCCCCCCCUGCCCACUCCCCCCCCCCACCCCCGCCACUGGGCAGGGAGACAAAGCUCCUUCCGAGAGAGCAGUGGUCGGCAGGCCUCCCAUCGGGUCCCAGCCCCUGCCACAGGCCCCCCUCCAUCAGCCAUCUCAGUGCCCUGGCGGAGCCGACAGGUGCUCUGGGAGUUCCGUGCUUCCUGAGCCGAUGGUGCCAAACUCUUCAUCUCCCCUCAGCGGCACAGUGUGACCGCCAGGGGCCCCUCGGUCACCGCCCCCCUCCGUGAGCCCUCUCUCUUUCUGGGGUCUCCCUCACCCAGCUCUCACUCCUGCCCCACAUAGGACUAGCCUGGCUGAGGGGAAAGGGGUGGGAGAGUGGAUGCAAGACACAGGGGAGGGGAGGCUGCCCUGGCAAAGUCUUCAAGGCUUCUGGGGUCCUGGCCUGGGGCCAAGAAGGAAAGUGUUUGUGUGCGUGUGAGAGAGAGUGUGAGAGUGUGUGUGUGUGUGUGUGUGUGUGUGUGUGUGUGUCUUCCCCAGGACCACCAUACCCUGUGUAUGUAUGCAUGUUUUUGUAAAAAAGAAAAAAAAAUAA